AUGGCAUACACUUCAGGGGAGCGGGAGCUUGCGUACAUCCUACUGGUAGAAUUGAUUGCCCAUCAGUUUUGCUAUCCAGUACGAUGGAUCGAGACACAAGAUGUGAUCCUCGCCGAAAGGCAGGUUGAGCGUCUGAUCGAGAUUGGUCCGAAUAGCACCCUGACCAAUAUGGCGAAGCGCACGAUCGAGUCAAAAUAUCAAGGCUCCGAUAUGGCAUCUGGCAUUCAUCGGCAGCUACUAAGUACCAAGAUGGACACUAAAGAGAUCUUGUACGAAUACGGUCCAGAUUCCCGUGACCAACAGCUGGAGGCCACCAAAGAUUCCAGUAACUUCCGGGAAAAGACUACUGCCAAUGUUCCUGUUCUCCCCAUGAUCGCCGCACCUGUCUCAACAGCAACGCAGCAGCAGCAGCGGGGAGCAGUUCCGAGCGCCUCGGUCACGGUAGUUGAAGUGGUGAAGGUAAUUAUCGCGACGACUUUGAAGAUCACCACUGCGAAGGUUUCGAUGACUGAAUCGAUCAAAGAUCUGGCUGCUGGCAGGUCGACGCUUCAGAAUGAGAUGGUGGGUUACCUUGAAAAAGAGUUUGGUUCUCUACCACAUGAUGUGGAGAAUAUGAAACUGGGUGACCUCUGCUCCUUUCUCCAGCCAACCUUCCCUGGUCAGCUGGGUCAGCAAUCUCAGUCGAUUAUCAACCGGAUGGUCGCCGUCAAGUUCCCCGGCACUUGGACUUUACGGUCUGUGAGAAAAGACUUGGAGGCAAAAUGGGGGCUUGUCAGUGAUCGGCAAGACUCAGUUCUUCUCGCUGCCGCGGCCAUGCAACCAAUAUCGAGAUUUGCUUCGGAAGCAGAAACCACCACGUUCAUCGAGAACGUAGUUUCCACAUAUAUGGAAAAUGCAGGCAUUAGUCCGAUACAGACAGUUGCAAGCAAUCGGGUGCAAGACGCAGCCUUAGAUACUGCCGUGCUGGCUAGAGUACGCGAGGACCAGGAUGCUCUAAAUACACGAGUUAUGAACGUGUACACAAGCCAUCUGCAGCCAGCUUCCGAUGCAGACCAACUUUUGAACGAAACGCUGACAAACAACAUCACCUCUUUACAAUCACAGCUCGAAUCAUGGGUGGAGGAACAUGGGGAAAGCUAUGGGGAUGGCAUAGUGUCGAAGUUUGAUGCUAAGAAGGCGAGGUCAUAUGAUUCGAGCUGGAACUGGGGGAUGCAGGCCCUUCUCUCGGGCUUCUAUUCCAUCAUCAACAACUCUCCCGAAAUCAAAAAUGACGACCUGGUGCAACGGAGCUUUCGUAUAAGGAACCAAUGCAGCAUUCGAAUGUUGGAGGCAAUGAAGGACUUGAAGAGGAGAGCACAGAAGACAGGCCAGACUCAUCCGGAUUUGAGAGAGCGUUGCGAUACAGCGGUACGGUGGCUGGAAACCCUUUCCCAGAUGUGCAUCAAGGAUCUCCAGUGCGUACCCGUUUAUUACGGCAUGGCGCACAUAACCGCCCCAAAGACGUUGGUUGAUGAUUGGGGCGAUAUCAAAUACUUCGAAAUUCCGAGAUCCAAAGCACCAUCUAGCACAUCGACCAACCUGAUCCCGACUGAUGGUGUGUCCGCGUCGCAAGCCAUUAUUGAAAGCAUCUGGCAACAUACUGUUCCAUACGAUCCGAGUCCGAAUUCACACAUUCGCAUCAAGAAGAAAGGGAAACAUGGCUGGGAAGUCAACGACAAGCUCACUCAAGAGUUCUACAACUCUUUGCGUCUCAGUGUCACGCAUGGGAUAUCCUUUUAUGACAAGUGCGUUUUGAUCACUGGCGCCAGUAAGACAUCGAUCGGGCUCGAUAUUCUCAAAGGUGUACUCAACGGAGGUGCCAAGGUCAUAGUAACAACACGCUCCUACUCGGCAGCAACGGCUCGCUUCUAUCAACAGCUUUACAUGAAGAACGGUGCCAGAGGAUCUCGGUUGGUCUUCGUGCCUUUCAACCAGGGCAGUAAGCGGGACGUUGACUCGCUCAUUUCCUACAUUUACGACACCUCUAAAGGCCUCGGCUGGGACUUGGAUUACAUCGUGCCAUUCGCGGCCAUCUCAGAGAAUGGCCGUGACAUCAGCAAUAUCGACUCGGUUUCGGAAUUAGCACAUCGCGUGAUGCUCACAAACAUCGUGCGUACACUGGGCGAGGUGCGGACGCAGAAAAGGAGCCGCGGUAUCAAUACAAGACCUGCGCAAGUCAUUCUUCCUCUCUCUCCCAAUGACGGCAUUUUCGGUAACGACGGUCUGUACUCCGAAUCUAAGCUGGCCUUGCAGUCUCUUCUCAACAAGUGGCGCUCCGAGGAUUGGGGAGACCAUAUAUCCAUAUGUGGAGCUUCUAUCGGAUGGACUCGAGGGACAGGACUAAUGUCGUCCAAUGACAUCGUGGCCGAAGGAAUCGAGGAAUUCGGCGUGCGAACGUUCUCGCAGGAGGAGAUGGCCGCUCAUAUCCUGGGACUCAUGUCCCCCACCAUGGUCUCGGUCUGUCAGGAGGAACCGAUAAUAGCAGACCUUAUGGGAGGCAUGGAUAGAGUCGAGGAAUUUGGCGCCACUGUCUCUAAAAUUCGUGCAGAGUUGAUGGCCACCUCUGAAAUACGUCGAGCGAUCCACCAAGACAAGGAAUUGGACCUUCAAGUCGCCAAUAGCCGGCCUCGACUCAACGAGAAAGAACUUGUGCCAGCGCAAAUUCAACGCAGAAUGAAUAUCCCUCUGGGAUUUCCAAAGCUUCUAGAGUAUGAGACUGGAAUUGCCCCCUUUCAUGAGACAUUGGCUGGGAUGGUCGAUCUCGAGCGAGUCGUGGUCGUUGUGGGUUUCUCUGAACUGGGGCCUCAGGGCAGCUCCAGAACGAGAUGGGAAGUCGAAACGGAGGGACAAUUCAGUCUCCAAGGCUGUAUCGAGAUUGCUUGGAUGAUGGGCCUGAUCAAACACCACGAUGGACCGAUAGCGGGCAAGGGCUACUACGACGGAUGGGUUGAUGCCAAGACGGGGGUUCUCGUCGCCGAUGAGGAAAUCAAGACCCGUUAUGAGAGCCAUAUUCUGGCACACACAGGCAUUCGCUUGGUGGAGGUGAACUCUGAAGGGAGCGAUGAUGCGACGAAGAGGCCAUAUCUGCAUGAAGUCCACAUCCACCAAGAUCUUGAACCGUUCGAGGCACCACGCGAAACUGCAAUACAUCUGAAGUUGCAUCAUGGCGAUAAAGCCCAUAUCGCAGAAAUUGGAGACUCUGGGCAGUUCCACGUCCAGAUCAAGAAGGGGGCCACACUUCUCCUGCCAAAGGCCACCGACAUUGGGCGCCGAGUCGCAGGCCAAGUGCCUACGGGCUGGGAUCCACGCACAUAUGGCAUAUCUGAAGAGAUAACAUCGCAGGUGGACAGACUCACUCUGUAUAACUUGGUCUGCACAGCAGAAGCGUUCCUCAGUGCCGGUGUUACGGACCCGUACGAGUUCUAUCAGUACAUUCACACAUCGGAUAUCGGUAUCUGUAUUGGAUCCAGUAUUGGCGGUGUGUCAUCGCUGACCGACAUGCUCAAGAAUCGACUACUAGAUAAGCCAGUGCAGAGCGACGUCCUCCAAGAAACCUAUGUGAACACAGCAAGCGCUUGGGUCAACAUGUUACUUUUGUCCGCGAACGGCCCGAUAAAAACACCAGUUGGUGCUUGUGCUACUGCUCUAGAAGCGUUGGACACCGGCUACGAGCUCAUUGUCAGCGGGAAGGCCAAAGUAUGCGUCGUGGGUGGACUUGAUGAUCUGCAAGACGAUAUGUCCUUCGAAUUUGCCAAUAUGAAAGCCACCAUCGACCCCGAAACUGACUUCAACAGGGGUCGCGAGCCCGCAGAAAUGUCACGGCCAGCGACUACAUCUAGGGAUGGUUUCGUAGAGGCUCAGGGUUGCGGCUUGCAAGUUUUGACCAGUGCCAAGCUUGCCCUGGAAAUGGGUCUUCCCAUCUACGGAGUUGUUACCUUGACUCAUAUAGCAGGUGACAAGAUCGGCCGGUCUGUUCCGGCCCCCGGUGCCGGACUGCUCUCCGUUGCACGCGAAGAACGCUCUGCACUGCCUCCAGCCUUACUUGACCCUCAGUAUCGCAGGCAGCUUCGAGACCAUCGAUUAAGCCAGAUCAAAGAGGACCAGGAGUUCAAGUUGGCAUUGCUGCGGAAACAGCUGACCAUGGACUCCUUCGAGAUGCCCAAGGAGGCUGUGGUGGAAUACUCACGCGAGAGAAUCAGCUGCAUCCAGUCUGAGGCCGAGGUGCAGAGAAGAGAAGCCUUGUACAGCUAUGGCAAUCACUUUUGGAAAGGGGAGACGCGUAUCUCCCCGCUGCGAGGCGCUCUUGCCACGUGGGGGUUAACAAUUGAUGAUCUUGAUGUGGCCUCAUUUCAUGGAACUUCAACAGCAAUAGGCGACAAGAACGAGAUCAAAGUCUUUCAGCAGCAGCUCUGCCAUCUGGGACGCACAAAGGGUGUUCCUGUGAUGGGCGUCUUCCAGAAGCAUCUUACCGGCCACUCAAAGGGCGCGGCAGGAGCAUGGAUGCUGAAUGGCUGCUUGCAGAUCCUUAACGACGGCCUCGUACCCGGGAACCGUAACGCUGAUAAUAUCGACGAAGACUUUGAGGGAUUUGAUCAUAUCACUUUCCCCAACAGAAGCAUCCAGACGGAGUGUGUCAAGGCUUUCUCCAUCACAUCGUUUGGCUUUGGGCAGAAGGGUGCGCAGGCGAUUGGUGUCCAUCCGAGAUACCUAUUCGCAACUCUGGGUAAGGAAAGCUACCAGGGCUAUCAGAAAAGAGUUGCCCACCGGAUCAAGCGCGCGCGUGCCCAUUUCCAUGGUGCUUUGAUCUACAACCGACUGUUCGUGGCUAAGGAAAGGCCGCCGUACGCGCCCGAGCAGGAGACAGCUGCGAUACUGAACCCGUUGGCUCGUUUCACCUAG